UAACCACAGUUCCACCCAGGGCUAGAGCGCACGGGCUAAGCCUCUUUCCCAUCCCCAGCCCCGCGUUCACGUUUAUAUUCCAAGGCCGAGCGCUUUCCAGAAGGGAUGAGGAGGGGGGAAGGGCGAGUUCCCACGGCCUUGCCCCUUCUCCCCCAAUCCCCUCUCCCCUCAGCCACACGGUGGCGCGCAUUCUCUUCGCCAAGGGUUCGAAUCCUGGGUCCGCGCCACGAGCCUGAAACUCCCGUGUUUGCCUGGGAAGCCGCAGUCAUUUUUUGAGACUUGUCUGCUGCAUGUGGCAGCUGAUCGUCUCAUAUGAGUUCGCUUGCUCUUUUCAGAAAGGAAGUUCACGUCAUCCCCAGGAUCCCCAGAUACCAGCCCCCGAAUUAUGGUCGAUGGCAGCAGUCAAAGAGGCCCAGGUUGAACCUGCCUCAGAUUAAAGACAAAGUUACUUCAGGAAAGUGGGUGUCAAAGUGGAAGACCAGUUCCAGAUCUUCCAGAUCAGAUUUUACCAGGACAAAAUCCACAACAAGAUCAGUGUCUGCCACCAGCAUGGGGAAGAACCAGUCACAGAAGACAAUUGAGAAUGAGAAUGAGCCAGAGAAAAUCCAAACCAACGUCCGAAUACUCAGAGCAAUGCUUAAGUUCAGGAAGGCCUCACUAGAUGAACUUGGAAAGCAAGUUGCCUCCCUUACUCUCAGCAACCAGGAGCUGGCAAAAAAGAUCCAGGACAUAGAAGCCGUCACUGCAGAGAAAGUGCGGAGGCUUCUGCAGCAGCAAGACAUGUUUGGGACUCUCAUUGGCACUCUGGAGUAUGCAAACCAUAAGCAAAUGCAAGACAUGAAGAACAAGCUAGAGAAGUGGGAAGUACAGGCAAAGGCCAAAGUGAACGAACUGCAGAAGCAGCUGACAAAGGUGAAAGCAAAGAUUCAUAAGGCCCAAGAGGAGCUUAAUUUCCUGAACACCUACAUGGAUCACGAGUACCCGAUUAAGUCUGUGCAGAUUGCCAACCUCUUGCGCCAGAUCCAGGAUGUGAAAGAUAGCAAUCAGGAUGAACUAGAGGAGCUGGAGGAAGUUCGCAAGGAUGUGCUUCAGACGUUGUCCAAGAAGCUGAUGGUGAAGGCAGAGAAGGUCUUGUAUGUCAUGGCCAAGAGCACCAUCCUUCCCUAUCAAGCUGCUCUGAUGAGGAAGACCCUAAGCAACCAGCGACUGUUGAAGCAGAUGGUUCAGUUCAGAGUGCACAUUGACCAUAUGAAGAGGCAACUUCCCAAGCUGAAGGCCCAGGUGGAUGAUCUCCGGAUGCAGAGAAAGGACUCGAGGGAGGUGGUCUUUGCCAAUGUCCUGCUUCGGAAACCCAAGUGCAGGUAUUUGGUCUUCCCAUUACAUGUGCUGCUGAAAGGAAGGACCUGCCUUGAGUUCAGGAUCUGCACCUGACUCUCAUUGUGGCUUAUUGGUCAUUUCCUUCACUUGCUUAGUGGUAAAUGUUCCUCCCUGGCUUUGGCCACUAGGUGGCCACAAACACCUGAUCCUAUAAGGAAGAGUCUGCAGUUGUAGGAUGAGAGGAGGGAGACCUUUUGAACCAGCACCUAACCUGAAGAAUUGAAGCGUUGGAAUGGAUCCCCAGUCCCCACAAUACCACAUCUGACAAGUGGUCAUCCUGCCUUUACUUGAAGACCUUUGGUGAGGGGAAUCCACUAGCUCCUGAGGCAACCUGUUCUCAUUUUGAAUAGCUCUAACUUCUUAGGAAGUUUUUUUUUUCUUUAUCCUGUAUCAGAGUAAUUUGGUAUGGAACUUGAAACUUGUUGGUAGAGGCAAAUGACUUGCCUUGUGUGAGGAGUGGGACAGAGUUGGCCAAGAGUCAAGACAGCUUCAGUUCUCAGCCAGUCAGUCCCCUUUACUUUUUAAGCAUCUGGCUUCCUCAAAUGUCCUUAGUGACUCUUCAGACUUCAAGUCUUCAUUGGGAUUCUUCAAGUGUUAAUUCACUGUGGGCACUUUUGGCUUGAAGCUUCGUGAGGGAAGAUGGAAGAGGCCCACCCCACUUCAGGUUGCUGAAGGAAAAGACUCUUGGAAGACAUGACAGGAGCUAGCAGUCUCCAUCAUGUAUCUCCAGCUUGCUAUGCUCGAAACUGCUGGCUAAUCAUUCUUCUGAAUGAAACCCUUAAAAUGUUUAAAGACAGCUAACACAUCUCUUUCCAGGCUAAGCACCCUCAGUUCCUUCAACCAAUCUUUGUAUGGCAUAUUUCCCAUUGCUCUCCUCUGUACAUAUUCCAAUUUAUCUGUGUUUUUCUUGAAAAUGUGAUGCACACAAAACUCUAGAUAUGUUCUCAUCAAUAGUCUCACUCCAUAUAGCCCAAGAGAGCAUUUUAGCUUUCUUUGAAAGUUGGAGAAUUCCACUUGCUCCAUUUGGCCCCAGAGGGCAAAACCAGGAUCGGUGAAUGAAAGUUGCAAACAGGCAGUUUUAGGCUUGUUAUUAAGAAAACCUCCCCAACGAUUAGCACUGUGCAAAAGUGGAAAUGAUUGCCUGAAGAGGUGGCUGUUUCCUGUUCUUUGAAAGUGCUCAAGCAGUGGGCAGAUAACCAUUUGUCAGGUUUGCUACACUGAGAAUUCUAUGCCCGUAUAGGGUGGAUUUUCAGGCUAUUGAGGUCUUUUCCAGCUCCCAGACUCUGAUUCUGUGAGCUUGAAAUUGGCUAACAUCCCCAGCCCUUUUUCACAAUGAUUGCAUUCUAAUCACACAUAUUGUAUUAUUGAAACUGAUUUUUAGGACUCAAAGUAUAGCCUUCUACAGUUAUCCUCUAUUAAACUUUGUCUUCUAUAAUCCAUGUGUGGGAGUGACUUCCUUGUCUCCCUUCCUCUCCA